CCACGCCCCUGACCUCAGCUCAUGAUACAUUCUCAGGCUCCACGGAUUGUUCGGGUUUUUAUCAAUGCAAUUUUGAUAAAAGAAGAAUAUAAAAUACAGACACUGAAACUCUCUUAAUACUGGUGCGCAUGCGCGGACAGGUGUGUUUGUGCAACAGGUGCUACCCGGAAAUCAGAGCGAUAAAUAAAAUACGCAGUCUGAUCUCAGUGACGAUGGAUCAGAAGAACCUGCAGCAGGAGUUCCAGAACCAGCUGGUGGACGUUUUCAGUCGGAUGCAGUCCAAGCAGCUCUUCCAGUCCGACUGGGACGUCGCCUCCUUCGCCCUCUUCUUCAUCUUCAUCGGUAUGGUUCUGCUCCUGGUGAUUCUGGUUCUGAUCCGAUGCUGUUGCUGCUGCUGCCACUGUGAUGACGGGCCCAAACACCACAAAGUGGGCGUCGACAACAUGGCGCUGGAACCGUGACGCCCGGGAUCAGCAGGAUUUGUUUCACCCGCAGCAUGCUUUAAUCAGAUCAUCAAAUCGAUCCGAUACUUUCCCGUCUGAUCUACGCUGAGCUUUAGAGACGAACCCCGGUGUGAAUGCCCGUCCUCGUCCUCUUAAUUUUAAGCCGUGUUUCAUCUUCUCCUGAGUUUUAUUAUAUUUAUGUGAAUUUUAAUUAAAAGUAGCUCAGCGGGGUGUAAAUAUGAUCAUGUUUUAAUUAUUUAUUUAAUCAAACACCAGGAACUGUUAAAGGAACUAAGGGGGGAACUAAAGGAGGGAUGGAGGGAUGGAGGGAGGAACCCGAGAAAGGAACCGUGGGAGGAACUGAGGGAGGAACUGUGGGAACUGAACUGUAGGUGUGAAGGUCCUGGAGGACAAAAAUGACCCGACUGUAAGGAUUUUGGAACAGAACUGACUGAAUUUGUCACU